UUUCUGUGUAUUAUUCAGGUAUUGGCCUAUUUUAAAGCAGUUAACUUGUAACAAAAUCUUUGUCCCUGUUGUACUGCUACCUUUACUGAAGCAAAGGAGCACGUCUUUUACCACUGCUAACAAUUAUAAUUCAUAUAUUCAUCAUAUAGGCUAGACCUGGUGUUGAAUGGUGAUGAAUUACCUAAUUGUUUAAUAGCUGGUAAACAAAAUAAACAAAAAUACAACAUUACUUAACUUAUUUAUUAUCAUUACUACACUAUUAUUGCCACACUAGCUCCCACAGGUGCAGUAGUCAGGGCUGAGGUCACUGAUCACACUUCAUUAUCCCCGUUGGAGGCUGAGGCCAGGAGUCGGGUACGCGCACCCAGCUGUCUCUGUGAUCUCUGCGCGCGUUCACGAGCAUGUAAACACCUGACCACUGCAGGGGACUGAUAGCGCUGAUUUCCUUCUCACAAAAACCAAGCUCCCCCACAAAGCUCCCUGUUGGUGACACAUCUGUGUGUCCUCCGAGCGGGAUGACGGAUGAGGAGGUGCUAGUGUCGGAGGAGCAGACGGUGGAGAGCGGCCCGCUGCGGGACUCCAGGCGGCUGACUCGGCUGUACUGCAUGAAUGGCGGACAUCACCUCCAGAUCCUCCCCGAUGGGACGGUGCAGGGCCAGAGGGAUGACGGGGACGCUCACAGUAAGAGACCGCAGCACGACACAGCGCACUUUACAUCCAGUUGUUUUAAAGCUCAAAGCUGUGGACAGAGGCGUAGUGGUGAUCCGUGGAACAGAAGCCGGGCGAUAUUUGGCCAUGAGCGACGAGGGGCAACUGUACAGUUCACCCACAGUGACUGAUGAGUGUUACUUCCUGGAGAAGCUGGAGGAGAACCACUACAACACAUAUAUGCCUCAGAAAUAUCAGGAGAGGAACUGGUACGUAGGCCUGAAAAAGAACGGGAAACCUAAACUGGGUCCAAGGACUCACAUCGGACAGAAGGCCGUCUUCUUUCUGCCCCGACAGCUGAGUGAGUCUGAUGAGUGAAGAACACAGAGAUACCUCAGACAGAAUGCACCAGGAGGACGUUUUGUUCAGAUACACCUACUUUACCGUUUUAGCUCAUGAACUGGGCCAGAACAAGACUUGAAGAAGUGGUGCGAAAAGAGGUGAUGACACACUAGCUUGCAAAAACAAAUCGGUCAAGAUCAAAAGGAGGCUAAGUCUCUUUAAUGUUAAUCUGAGGCGUAAUUAUUGGAGGGCCAGCUUUGCACCAGAGAAAAGACUGUGUGUCAGCAUCUUUGUGUCCACUAACAACAUCCUGUUUUAGUUGGUAGCAGAUGUCCUGACUGCACAGAUGAAAAGAACAAACAAGAAAACAGUAUAAUGCAUAAAACACAUUCUGUUAUUACUAAAAAGUUGUAUAGUACCAGGAGUAUGAUUAUUUUUAGUUACCUAAACUUUUAAAGGGACAGUUCACCCCAAAUUCAAACAUUUUCUUCUUACCCGUAGUGCUGUUUGUCAGUCUAGAUUGUGUUGCUGUGAGCUGCAGAGUGUUGGAGAUAUCAGCUGUAGAGAUGUCUGCCUUCUCUCCAAUAUAAUGGAACGAGAUGGCACUCGGCUUGAGGUGCUCAAAGUGCCAAAAAAUAUAUUUGUAAAAACUCAACAGCAAUGUCUCUUUCCAGAAAUCAUGACAUGUUUACUCAAGAUAAUCCACAGAUCUUGUUGUGAGCAGUUUCAUGUAGGAACUUUUCUCUUUCUGCUAAACUACACUUACAAACCAUAUCAGUGCACAGAAGGAAGUGUGCAUCUACUCAUGGACGAGAGGCUCGUGCUCGUGGCAGUGCAAGAUGUAAAUAAAAAAAUAGCGUCCUCCUAGGCUGAGCUGUAAUGUUAGCUAGCUCAGUGGUGCUACGUGAGCCAGCAGUAGAUGCACGCUUCCUUCUGUGCGGUGAUACGGUUGGUGGGUGUAGUUUAGCAGAAAGAACGUAGUUCCUACAUGUAGUCUCUGGAUUAUCUUGAGUAACGGGGUCGUGGUUUCUGUGAAGAGCCACUGCUGUUGAGUUUUUCAAAUGUAUUUUUUCUGGUGCUCUCAGCACCACAGGCAGAGUACCAUCCAGCCAAUAUCUCCAACACUCGGUAUCUCACACCAAAACAAUCUAGAUGAAUAAAAAAGCACUACAAGUAAGAAGGAAAUACAUGCACAUUUGAUUUGAGGGUGAACUGUCCCUUUAAUUAUCUUAAAAAUUGUCUCCAGAUGUCAGUGAAAUUUGGUGGACAGUUAGACCAGAUGCAGCAACUAACUUGUAUUUGUCAUAAACUACUGCACUUACAACAUUGUAACCUACUGAUUGAAAACGUUGGCUUGGGGACAUGUGCUUCCAGUUCUUUCUUGUUCGACUUUUCUGCAUCUGACGCUUUGCUCUUGAGGGGUAACGCCUCAGCAGAUUAGAAGAGUGUCAAUUAACAGCUUGAGAUGGGUCACUGAGCCACUAAACUUCUCUGUAAUUAACAAUGUGUCAAGCUGAAAAACUGUUAUUUCAUAUCUCCAGCAGUUACACGUCACUGCCACUUGGUGUCGCCAAUGUGUAAAAUUACCCAGUGCACCCUUCCACACGCAUAAAACCUGCCCCAGGCUUGAGCCACGCAUUUUUAUUUUCAUGCCU